ACGAAUUUCUUUCGUUCAAAUUCCAUCCUAAAUUAGAAAUAUCUGGAUCUAAAUUUUCAAAUCAAUUUCUAAAUCAAAUCCAUGGCUUAUCAGAACAAGCCUCCAAUUCCACGCAGUUCUUCAAAUAAAUAUCGAGUCGUUGAUGAGGUUUCCUUAGAUAAGCAUGUGAAAUUUGGUGCUAGCAUGUCUCCAGGCAGGCUGCCGCUUACGACAAUAACGAAUGAGAUUAACGUGUCUGAGAGUGAAACUGUGUUUACGAGGGAGGGCGUGGAUGCACUGUUGAAUGAGCGGUUUAGAGGAGGAAAGUAUGACUCGAAGGGGAAACUGGACUGGAUGACAGACUGUUUGAAAAGGUUAAAGGUGUGUAUAAAAUGGUUCCGAAAGGGGUUUGAUGAACUGGUCGUGGAAAAGGAUAACUUGUGUGAGAUGCUGGAUACUUCUGAAAGAAAACGAGUAGAAGGAGAGACUUUUAUGAAAACUAAGGAAGAAGAGUUUAUUGCAGCUAUAUCUAAGUUGGAAAUGGAUAUAUCCUCUUUGAAAAUAAAUUUGGCGCAUGAAAAGUCCGAGAAACUAAGUGAAAAAGAAGCUAGGAUAUGUUCAGAAAAGAAUCAAGAACUUCUAAGGGAUGAGCUUAUAAAGGCUAAGCAAGAAGCAUUGAAUACUAGUGACAAGGUGAAAGCAUUGGACGACCUGUGUAAAAGGUUGCAAGAAUAUGUAAGUAGCUUGCAACAGUACAAUACCAAACUUCAAAAGGAACUUUUAGAAACUAUUGGUGCGAAGAAGCAAGCAGAAAAUGAGAAAGCUGUGAUAUUGGAAGAUCUCCGCACCCUAAGGAAUCACCACAACUUUUUCCAGAGGGAGUUAGUCACUGCUGAAGUGCCUUCUAAAAUAAAAACUAAAGUUUAAUUAGUUGAUUUAUAAUCUCAAGUUACUGUAUCCAGAAAAAUGGUGAAAUUUCUGAAGAUGAUGACUUUGUGAAAAAGGAAGCUAACUUGCAGUAAAUAAGGAAGGACCAUGAGCCGCUCUAAACUGAUAUGAUGUAAAGAAAGUAUCUGCACUGCUACUAAGGGUAGUAGUUUUGCAUAUGAACUUAACUGUUUUGGAGGUUAGAUACUUAGAUUCUGGUUUUCCGCUUUAUUUUUAGGAGGCUUGUUACUCUCAACAGUUAUAAGAGCACUUGUCUGUACUGCUAAACAAGUGGUUACUACUACCCCGGGUUCCCUUUGUUGGAACUUUGGAAUGCUAGUUAAUGAAUAGAUCUGGUGAUCUUAAAACCGUUGUCUUAAAAUGAA